AUGGUAUCGUUAUUUGGAAUAGUACUCUUUGUUUGUUGUAUGUUGUCUUUGACGCAAGGGCAAGAUUCUACCAAUUCAAACGAAAGGUACAAUGAUAAUAGGAGGAAACUCAUUGUCGGGUUCCCUCUUACCUAUUCAGCUAUAGCUAACAAUCAUGAAAACCACCAGGGCCCAUUCGCGCCACAGGUAACAAAAUUUGCACAAGUAGACGACGAUUAUUGGGUCCAUAUGACUGGA